AUGAAGGAAGCUUUUUCAACUAAUCAUUAUCUUCGAAAUCGACCUUUAAGCAGCUAUAAUAGUAGCACUACAAAUGGGUUUUUACGCAGAUCGCAUUCUCAGAUUGAGGACUCGGAUGAUGAAAAGUCUUUAGGCCCUCCAAAGUUAAGUAAUUUUGGUUCAGCGUUGCUAACUGACAAGGAGAACGAAACCCCAACAUAUUCACAUAGAGGAGGUGCCUCAUCUCAAACCACGCAUACUAAACCCGCAACGCUAACCUCAACGGUACACACAGAGGAUGGCUCUAAUUCAACGUUGUUCACUUCGGUAUCUAGGAAUCAACAAAGUAUGACAACAAUGCUCCCCGAUCAUGCCAUUCAUACAGAGGAUGGGUUAAACUCACACAGAUACCAGCUUAUACAGCAGUCAUUAAAGGAUGAGGUUACUUCCAGACAGGCUACAAGGAGGAUUAGGAGGUUUAUAAACUCUCGUUUCUCUACGUUGGGUCCCGCUAAGCGAAAUAGUACCUCUACUACGAAUUUAGACAUGUCUUCGAACGUAAGCCAUGAUGAUUCGAGAGAUAUUUCUCAACAGGAUCCCAACGCUUCAUCUUCUUCGAAUAAUAAUAGUGGUAUUUUACAGAACCAUGAUUACAAUGUUUUUCUUGAUAUGGAGACUGACUCGAAACUAUCUAAAAAGGAACACGACGCAAGUAGUCGAUCGCCUCUCGUUGCCGGGAACGCAAGUGUCACUGGAAUUGACUAUGGCAACGUAUCUUUUGGUGACUUAAAUCCAUAUCAAUACUUAAAGACACAUAAUCUUCCAACCAGCGAACUUCCAAAUAUAUCACGAAUAUAUUUUGAAAUGCAAAAGAGAGAAAAUAGAAGAGCAGCUGUGAGGAAAAAUAUAUUCACACAUAGCAGCGCUAUAAAGGACAGUGGCGAUGCCAUCAGCAGUUACAGUAAUAAUAACAAUAAUGAGAGUAAUCACAACAACAACAACAAUAAUAGUGGUAAUAAGGCUGCACUAAAUAUGGCACCAAAGAAGGAUCGCCAGCCUCGAAGGAAGCCCAGUGACGCGUCAGUGAGCUCAUUUUCCAAAAUUCAAUCCUCUCCAAUGACUGGGCUAUCCAAUUACGCUCAGGUACAAAGACAACAAACUACGCAGAAGAACUCUAUUCAAUCAGAAGACAUACCGCCAGGAAAUCCUAUCAAAAAGCGAGAAGCUCUGAACAACCUGGACGUGAAUGCUAACCCUCAGCGCUCCGCAUUUAUUAAGAAACAUAAACGUGAUAGUAGUCAUGUAAAUUAUGGCAGAGACUCAGAAAUACCUAUUGUCAAAAAAGUCGAAAUAGUGGAGCCUUUGAGGGCUCCUGUGACUGAAGUAGUUCCUUUGAAACCAUCUCAAUCAAAUGAAGGGUACCAGCACCCUCAAAGGAGGCGACAAGUCAUCCAGGUUAAUGGUUCGGAAUAUGAAAAAAUAGAAUUACUCGGACGAGGUGGUUCUUCUAAAGUUUACAAGGUUCGUAGUACGGGAAAUAAGGUAUAUGCCUUGAAACGGGUAUCUUUUGAUGAGUUUGAUGACUCCAGCGUUGAUGGAUUUAAAGGUGAAAUUGAAUUGUUGAAGAAAUUAGAGAACCAAACCCGUGUAGUAAAACUAAUAGAUCACGAAAUGGAUCAUGGAGUCUUGUACGUAGUCAUGGAAUGCGGCGAUAAUGACCUUUCUCAGGUGCUCGCGCAGAGAGCAAAUAUGCCUUUGGAUAUUGAGUUUGUGCGCUACCACGCACAGGAGAUGUUAAAAUGUGUUAAGGUAGUCCAUGAAGCAGGAAUUGUCCAUUCAGACUUGAAACCUGCAAACUUUGUAUUUGUGAAGGGUAUCUUAAAAAUUAUAGAUUUUGGCAUUGCAAACGCAGUUCCUGACCAUACAGUCAAUAUUUACCGUGAUACUCAGAUUGGUACGCCAAACUAUAUGGCACCAGAAGCUCUAGUAGCAAUGAAUUACGCAACCGACCAGGUAUCGUCCCAAGAGGAUAUUCAUAGAAACAGAUGGAAAGUCGGGAAGCCAUCUGAUAUUUGGUCUUGUGGUUGCAUAAUAUAUCAGAUGAUAUAUGGGAGGCCUCCAUAUGGUGGAUUCCAGGGCCAGAAUCGACUAUUGGCAAUCAUGAACCCGGAGGUAAAGAUAGUCUACCCCGAAAGGACCUCAUCGGGUGAGGUGGUACCACGCACCGCGCUGGACACUAUAAAAGCGUGUUUAGAAAGAACUCCUGAUAAGAGAUGGACCGUAAAUGAACUUCUCAAUGGUUCUUUUAUUAAACCAGUUUCGGUAACGCAUUUCUUCAUCCGUGAUUUAAUAAAGAAUGCCGUUAAGUACGGCUCAGAUCAAAGCUAUGUUUCCAAAGAAAAGGUGGAAAACUUGGCGGAUGAUGUUUGGAACAGAUUAAAUGAUUUUAGGUUAUAG